CACACACACACACACACACACACUCAUACUCACACUCGAUUCUUUCAUGUUCCCACAUUUUCUAUGAAAAUUCUGUUCUUUGCAUUUCUUUCGCUGUGUAGGACAAAAAGGAUGUAACUGGGGUACCAUAUUUAGUGCUUGGCUGAAGUGACAUCACCGGAAUCCUCUGAACAAUCACUUAAGAGGCCAUCAGUCCCCCCAAGCUUUAGGGGACAGAAAGCUAUGGCUCAACGGGAAGAUGGGUGGCCUCUGGGGCUGCAACCACUGAAUGUUAGAGUUGGGUUGGUAAGACAUCGUGAUCUUAAUGGAUCAGUUUCCUUCAACACUUUGCUUACUGGUUCUCCCAUCUACUCCUCUGAUUCUUCUUCCGAUCUUGAUACAGAGUCCACUGGUUCUUUCUUCCAUGACAAGAGCAUCACUCUCGGAAGUCUUAUAGGCAUUUCUAGCAUUCUACAGCUCUCACGAAGAUCGACAAGGGGAAGACCAGUUGAAACCUCAAGAGACAAGAAGAGUAGUACCAAAUCCAAAACAUGGUUAUUCUCAUUAUGCUCAAAGUUAAGCACUGAUGCAGUGAGCAUGAACAACACUCCAUCUCUUGGUCACUUUCUUGAAGCUGAAAGGAGAGCUGCCACCAGUUACAGAAGGGAUCAAAGCCCAAAUGCCGAUGGACCGGAUGAUUUCUCGCAUGCACUGCCCGUUUCAGACUCUAACUCGCUAUUCAUCAGUGGACAGGUUGCUCCUCCUCCACAGUCAAGUUCUUGGGUGGGUUCGGAUGGUGAAAGAGGAUCAAACAGAGGCUUGUUUGAGCAUGGUAAUGGCUAUGGAGCUCCACUUGUUUUCUCAUGUUUAUGUGGACAUCUGACUCAUUAAUCACUCAUUAAAUGAUCAUUUGUCAUUGAAUCCAUUUGAAAUAUCUUCUAGGGGAAAUUUGGUUUCAUUUCUUUGAAUUGAGUUCAAAUUUCACUGUUAUUCCAGGACAUUGCCGUGUGUGUAUGAAGGACAAUUAGUCUAAAUGAGUGAUGAUUGUUUAUUUGAUUCACAAGGGGUGGGUCAUGAGACCACCAUGCCUAGAGCAAAUGUGUUCUUGUUAAUUUUUUUUUUGAAGUUCAACGGUGAGGGUGUGCAAGCUAGCUUAUGUACACCUCUAUUAAUUUCUUUUUCAGUCUAAUCAAAGACAGACUAUACAUAUCAGGAUUAGGGUAUUCAUGAGAAAUAAAUCCGUUAUGGUUUAGCCACAAGGAGUUGCCAAG